UUAUACUGUAUGUUGUGGAUCUAGGGAGGAGGGGCCAACUUUGAAAAUUGUGGUUAUAAACCUCCAACACCAGAACACUAUUCGGCAAGUUGUCCACCUUUUCAUUGUGUCAAUCAGUCAUUUGUUGACAUUAAUGUCAAUUUGAUUUGUUUUAAUGAUUGUUCAGAUAAAGAGUGGAAAAGGACCUCCAAAUAGAGCAGAGAUCCUCCUCACUGCUCUGAAAGAACUGAUGAGCAGUCUGUUUUCAAAUCCUGUGGAUGCAAACGUCAUCUGUGCUGUCAAACUGCUAAAGCUUACAGGCUCUGUUCUGGAUGAUGCGUGGAAAGAGAGUGGACAACCACACAUGGAAGAACUGAUCCAAAGAAUAAAAACUAUUCUACUGGAUGCCACCUGCAGCAGGGAUAUCAGACAGAUGCUACUGAAACUUGUUGAGCUGAGAUCCAGUGACUGGGGCAGAGUCCGUACCGCUCCAGCAGCUAGCAACGCCACACCAGACAACGACCCCAACUACUUCAUGAAUGAACCUACAUUCUACACAGAGGAUGGCACACCUUUUACAGCAGCAGACCCAGGUGAGGCUAUAUAAAUAUGCCCAUGCUAA